AUGGAAACACUGAACCACACCGUGCUGGCCAUCACAGUCAGGUGGACCGUGGGUUGGCAAGCUAUAUCUGAGCUGCUCAACACAGCAGUGCUGUGCACAGCCUCGCCAGUGUGGCACAGCCUCACCAGUGUGGCACAGCCUCACCAGUGUGGCACAGCCUCACCAGCGUGGCACAGCCUCACCAGUGUGGCACAGCCUCACCAGUGUGGCACAGCCUCACCAGUGUGGCACAGCCUCACCAGCGUGGCACAGCCUCACCAGUGUGGCACAGCCUCGCCAGUGUGGCACAGCUUCACCAGUGUGGCACAGCCUCGCCAGUGUGGCACAGCCUCACCAGUGUGGCACAGCCUCACCAGUGUGGCACAGCCUCACCAGUGUGGCACAGCCUCACCAGUGUGGCACAGCCUCACCAGUGUGGCACAGCCUCGCCAGUGUGGCACAGCUUCACCAGUGUGGCACAGCCUCACCAGUGUGGCACAGCCUCACCAGUGUGGCACAGCCUCGCCAGUGUGGCACAGCCUCACCAGUGUGGCACAGCCUCACCAGUGUGGCACAGCCUCAUCAGUGUGGCACAGCCUCAUCAGUGUGGCACAGCCUCACCAGUGUGGCACAGCCUCACCAGUGUGGCACAGCCUCACCAGUGUGGCACAGCCUCACCAGUGUGGCACAGCCUCACCAGUGUGGCACAGCCCAAGGUUCCUAGUGUUAUCAACAACCCGGUAG